GGAUGUGUAGCUCGUCACAUGUUGUUUCCUCUCUUCUGCCCGAACACCAGCAGACAUGUGUUAUUUACUGCGCGGCAGCGGGAGAACACGCGCACAUCGGAACUGACAGACGCGUAAAAAGAGACGAGCAGAGGAGGAGGAGAAGUCGUUUCAUCUUCGGCGGCUCCAGGAGGAGACGCGUCUGGAGGAGAGAAUGGCGAGUCCUCCAAACACGGGCGGACAGGCUCUGGUGUCAGCGGCUGUCGGCGUGAAGAAAUGUGGCUGUCUGAAGAAGCAGAAGCACGGACACAAGCGCUUCUUCGUCCUGAAGGAGGCCGGCGAGGGUCUCCCCGCCCGGCUGGAGUACUACGAGAGCGAGAAGAAAUGGAGAAACAAAUCCGCCGCCAAGAGAGUUAUUCCUCUGGACUGCUGCCUCAAUAUCAGCAAGAGAGCGGACGCGAAACACAAGCACCUCAUCGCGCUUUACACCAAGGAUGAGUAUUUGGCCGUGGUGGCGGACAACGAGCCGGAGCAGGACAGCUGGUACCGGGCGCUGACGGAUUUAAUGUCUGAGGGGAAAGUCUGUGACGGCUCGGCGUCCAACUCUGCGUCGUCGCUGGUUGGCUUCGACGAGGCGAGUUAUGGUGUGAUAACGCCGGUGGCCGCCGCCUACAAGGAGGUCUGGCAGGUGAACCUGAAGUCCAAAGGCCUGGGACAGAGCCGGAACCUGACGGGAGUCUACCGGCUCUGCCUCUCCAGCCGGACCAUCAGCUUCGUGAAGCUGAACUCUGAGCUGGCCUCCGUCAUCUUGCAGCUGAUGAACAUCCGGAGGUGCGGCCACUCCGACAACUUCUUCUUCAUCGAGGUGGGUCGCUCCGCCGCCACCGGCCCCGGGGAGCUGUGGAUGCAGGCGGACGACUCUGUGGUUGCUCAGAACAUCCACGAAACUAUUCUGGAGGCGAUGAAAGCGAUGAAGGAGCUGUCGGAGUUCCGCCCGCGGAGCAAGAGCCAGUCGUCCAGCACGAAUCCCAUUUCUGUGCCCACGAGGAGACACCUGAACCACCUCCCCCCGAGCCAGACCGGGCUGCCCCGCCGCUCACGCACCGACAGCACGGCGGCCACCUCUCCUGUGAGCAAGUGUGCGUCCUGUCGGAUACGCACCGCCAGCGAGGGCGACGGUACCAUGACACGCCCGUUGUCGGUAACAGGGAGCCCCCUCAGCCCGGGGAUCCACAGGACCCUCCUGAGCAGAUCCCACACCAUCACAGCUCGCCCCACUCUGACGUUUGAAGCCUCCACUCUCCAGCACAGUAAGUCCAUGUCCAUGCCUCUGUCUCAUUCACCUCCUGUGGCCACCACUUGCCCAAAACAUGUGUCCUGCCUGGACAACAGUGCCCCCCGCCCUUCCAGCUGCAGUGCGUCCUUCUCAGGGUCCCCCAGUGAUGCAGGCUUUAUAUCAUGUGAGGAGUACGGCUCCAGCCCUGCAGAUGCACGCGACCUCAGGUUACCCCUCACCCUCCGCAGCAACACUCCUGAAUCUCUUAAAGCAGACACCCCACCCUCCAGGGAUGGCAGUGAGCUUGAUGGCUACAUGGUGAUGGAACGGCAAAACCAGAAUGGAUACCGGCGGUUUUCAGAGCUGGACAAGGCCUUUCGAAAACGAACGUACUCUCUCACAACACCACGCCAACAGAGACGUCCCCCACAGGUUUCCUCAGCCUCCCUGGAUGAGUACACUCUCAUGAGAGCCACGUACACAAGCGGAAGCCAGUCCUCUCUGAGGUGCCAUACUGUGUCACCGAAAGUAAACGGACUUGAGGAUUACAAGGAUGUUAAUAUCAGCUCCAACAGUCUCCAUGGUGACAGUGGCUAUAUGCCAAUGAUGCCUGGAGUGGCGCCUCAGACACCAGGGUCCAAGGAUGACCCCUACAUGCCCAUGAGCCCGAUGUGCGUUUCUGCUCCAAAACAAAUCAUCAACUCACGUUCACAUGCCUCUGCAGGGCUGGCCCCAUGCACAGACUCCCCUGGAAGUGUUUCUCUGGAGGACAGUGGUUACAUGCCUAUGUGGUGUGGGAACAAGAUGUCAGUGGAAAGCACUGAUGGCAAGCCUAGCAAUGGAGAGUACCUGUACAUGUCUCCUGUUGACACCCUCGUCUCUGUAACACCUCCUGAUUACAUUCUCAGUCCUUCAGGAGAUUCACACCUCCAGCACAGACAGCCUUAUUCUUACAACUCUCUACCAAGAUCACUUAAAGUACAGUUACAGCGUAAUGGGCCCACUGACACAGACCAGUAUGUGGUGAUGAGUUUACGAAGACAACGGAUAGAAGAGGAGUCCAACUACUGUCCUGUUUCACCUGGAGAAACUUUGUCCAGCAGCUCUCCAGGAACACCAGACACUCCGUCUUCUGUUCCAUCUCCUCUCAGACUGACUCGCAUAGAUGGAGGCUUGGUACCUCGCAGCAGGGUGUGUCGGCCCACCCGCCUGGCUCUGGAAUCCCUCAGAACACUACCAUGUAUGAACGAACAUCCCCAUCUUUCAGAACCACGCAGCCCAGGAGAGUAUAUAAACAUAGAUUUUGGUAGUGCCGCCCACAUCCCACUCACAUCCACCACAUCAGAGGGCUCUGAGGCUGGGAGCUUAAACGAGGGAACCCUAUCACUGUCAGACUAUGCUAACAUUGAUGUCGGCUCUCCAGUUCACCUUGAAUCACAUCAAGUGGGGGUUUCUCCCGCAGCAGGGUGUCGAAACCACACAUCUGAACUGUUGAUUUGCCCCAGUCCCAUAAGCAGCCAGCAGGACGUACGGAGAGAUGAGGAGCAAACAGAGGAACAGAUAAAAGAGAGGGGGAUGCAACAGCAUGGGAGCUUGGUGUGUGAGCCUGCGCCGGUCAAAGAUGACUAUGCUGAGAUGACUUUUGGCCCUCCUGCUCCUUUACCUGUCCUCUGCACCCCUGAUGCUGCACCCCUCCCCACCAGCCCCGCUGCUUGUGUCAAGAGACUCAGCCUUGAGAGCAGCUUAGUGGAAAUAGUUCCUCCUGUGCCAUUAGACUCUUUUCUCCUGGGUGGUCCUUCAUUAUCUGUUGUAGAUCCAAACAGGGGGGCAAAAGUUAUCCGGGCUGACCCUCAGGGUCGUAGGCGUCACAGCUCCGAGACCUUCUCCUCCACCACCACUGUUACUCCUGUGUGCCCGUCAUUUGCUCACGACACCAAACGACACAGCUCGGCCUCUGUGGAAAACGUGUCCCGCUCUGUUCGUAGCUCCGAGGAGCCCAGCGAAGACCACGCCGGUCUCAUGUGCAGGGAGACGUCGGCUGGUUAUCAAAACGGACUUAACUAUAUUGCCUUAAACUUGAUGGAGGGGAACUUUGGGGGCUGCAGGUUAGGAGGUUGCGAUGAACUGCUCAGGUUCAAGACAGCCUGCAGCUGUAAAGGGGGCCUAAAUGGUUUCAAUACCAGUCCUUACGCCAGCCUGGGAUUUAAGGAGACUACUACUGCUGCUGUGAAAGAAUGAAGACUGAUGGGGUCUUCCGUCCUCCUCCUCCUCUUCCGCCUUUUUUCUUGGGAAAGUAAAAUUUCGCCGCAGCCAGAUGACGAGGUCACCGCUGCGACAGCUGAACCCCGCGCUGAAGCCGACAUCUCUUCACCUCUCUGCCGCUUCCCAGGGUCACGGGGGACACUCGUCUCCAUGGAAACCCAGACACUUGACCCUUAACCCAAAUCCUCCUACUCCCCCCCCGGCACUCAAACGUUCAGGUGCCGUUGCUGCUGUAGUGCUAGAUGAAAACACAACUAGGACUUAAAACAGAUUCUAACUUUAGAUGAAUCUCUGUACGUAGGCCUUCAAAUAUUUCUGCAGUAUAAUAUUUUAUUAAUGAGUUUUGGUUUUAUUUGGUUUUAUUUUAUACCAUUUUCACACUUACAACUGGUUUUCUUUUGGCUCCAGUAGUUUACCAGAUAUUCUCACCAGAAAACCUGUGAACCAAACCUAGAAAGCACGUGGACGCGCGCAAAAAACAAAAACGUUCAUGAAUACUGACUACAUGUAUUUAUUUAUUUAUCAUGUACGUAUGCAUUUAAUGAAAAGUGUGUGGAAAAUGUGUAUACAAUGCAUUUAUGAACAUAUUUAAAAAUCAAAAGAAAGGUUUUCUUUUAAAAAAAAAAAGAAAA